AUGGAUCGACUCAUUCACACAUUCUUCGACACUGUGCAUCCGCCGUGGCCUGUAGUCGACAGAAGAGUAUUCCUACAGAGCUACAGAGCGGGACAAGCCUCGACACUUCUCUUGCACGCCAUGUUUGUUGUCACUUAUAUCUUCUGCGAAGAAGAUCUUAUCAAGGAUGCAGGAUUCAGCGAUCGUGUUGCGGCGCGAAAACAUCACUAUCUUCGUGCAAAGACGUUGUAUGAUGUUGAUCAUGAGACUGAUCGUGAUCUACUCGCUGCUUCGCUCCAUCUUUUGGGAUUCUGGUGGAAUGGGCCUGAUGAUCAGAAGGAUGCAUGGUUUUGGCUGGGUUGUGCAACUUCCUAUGCCCAAUCAUUAGGAUUGCACCGAUCAACAGUUACCUCUAGGCUCGGUCCAGAGAAGAGGGCGUUGCGGAAACGGAUAUGGUGGUCUAUAUAUACUCGCGACCGACAUACUGCUGCAUGUCUGGGAAAACCAUGCAGAAUUCGAGACGAAGACUGCGACAUCGAACCUGUCACCGAGGCCGAUCUCUACUAUGACGACGUCACAGAUGAUCCUCUCAUACCACCUCAGAACGAACAUCAAACAGCCUUUUUUCUCGAGAUGCGCAAGGCUGCCGAAAUUCUCGGGGACAUUGUCAUCGGGGAAUUCAGUCCACGCCGUAUAGCCUCAGAGCGGUAUGAAGUUGCGAAUCUCAAAAGGAGACUCGAAGAGUGGGAGUCUCAGCUACCGAAGUGUAUGCAAAUAGCACCACUCGAUGAGACGCGUGGGGCAGCGUUCUGGGCCACUCAACUGCACAUGGCAUACCAGAAUUACUUCAUCCUUCUCUUUCGGCCGAAGGCAAUUCAUGACCUUUCGCCUGCUCAAGUUGAGGGUGAUAUAAUGGCACGCAGAGCAGCCGACACCAUCACACGUAUGACCGAGGAUCUCAUCGCUGUCGGUACAUUGCGAUAUGUUCAAAUGCACAUUAUUCCGGCCGUUUUCGGAGCGCUCUCGAUCCAUACGCUCGUCAUUUGUCGAAAAGAUCCCAUUCGCCGUCAACUAGCAGGUAACAAAUCACGGCAAUGCAUCCUCGCACUAAGUGAACUGGCAAAGUCAUGGCCAAUUGGGCUGUGGAUAACGAAGUUCUUUGUCAAUCUCUUCCGACGGUUGACAGGGCAGGGAUCCGCGGUAUCGGCUGGCUCAAUCGUUGAUGUGACGUCUCGUAUCGCUCGCGCCAACGAGGAUAAUGCCUCUGGAGAGGCUGGAUCGCAGAAUUUGGCUGAGGCGUUGAAUGGGUUCAGCCAACAACCAUCCAGUUUCUUCAAUGGUGGUGAUGGUUUGGGUAUGGAGCAGCAGCCAGGUGAUAUGCUAUAUCCUGAUCAAUUUGGGUUCGACUCUUUCUGGGCGGAAGAUACCAUUGAUGUCGAUUUACUGCUGCAGCAUGGGUUAUGUCCGCUGCUUCCAACUAACUUUGGACCUGCGCCACCUGGUUCGUUGGGUUUGUAA